AUGACAGCAUAAAGAAAUGCACACCAUUCAUAGCCAAACCAAACACCGUAAGAAUAUAAAUAAAAUCAAACUAUAAAAUAGUCAAAUUAAUAGGAAGGACUAAAUUAAAGUAUUUAUAUUAAAAAUAAUUAACAAUAGGGUCGAAUAAAUAGGAAAGGCCUAGAUAUUAAUAAUGA